AUGUCUGCUCAACGACCAGUCUCUCUGCACAGUUCCCCGGCGGUAUACGCUCCAGUGCCUGCGUCGACUCUGCCUCUCUACCGCCGACUUCUCUUUCCCAGUCUUCUUCAGGCGACACUCCCACCCGCAGUUUUCUUGCACGGCACGCCCGAGCUCGACGUCGCCACGUACGAGCUCAUUGCCGUCAUUCUCCGUUCGCAUGUCACACCGUGGUAUGCGCGUCUCACAAGAGACAGGACGUUUGUCCCUCAAGUUUCUGCUGUCAUAGUUCACCUAUUGAAGGAGAUCGAAGGCCGUGUGCUUGCGGCUGACCUUCCUUUACUCGUCUAUACCACCCUACCCGCGCUGGUUGAACAACACUACGCCGAUUACCGAGCUGCGCGACUACGGCAUUCGCUUUCCUCCUCCAGUUCGAUCAGCGACUGCUUUACCGCUCUGCAACCACAUGUCGCCCUCUCUCCCAACUCGACAUCGGUCAACACCGAGUAUAUCAGGCAGGCGAUCGACCACGUUCUCAAGACGUGUCUGUUGGAAGAAGACUGGGAAGCAGAAUCAGAGCGCACGAUUGUGAGAGAGGUGCUUGCUGGCCCGGUGCUCGGUGGAGUGCUGCCUCGGCUUGCCCAGCCUUGGUUCCUCUUUGGGUUGCUAUUGUCAGCUGUGGGCAAGGGUACGGGGCCGAAGGUGCCUGUGAGUCGCGUUCAUCUGAACGUCGCAUCCUCUAACCGGUACCAGGACCAGCCCGUUGCGAAACCUCCAGUUACCUCCAUGCGUCAAAUGCUCGUCCUGUUCAUUAACACUUUACACUCCUUGACCUCAGUGUUGCACUCCGUCGUCAGCUUCCUGCAAGCCAUAUCUCGCUUUCUCUCUACUCUACCUGCAAACAAGGGCGCCUCUAAGCCGAGAUACUACGCGUCGAGCCUGUUGCUGGUAGUUGCUGCAAUACUGAACUUAUCUGCUCGGCUCGUGUCGGGGCUCUUGUUGUCUUAUCUGUCGAUCAUAGUUGCGCUCCUGCAGCCUUUACUUGAUCGGUACGCAUGCACGGCUUCAUUGUAG